CUCCACCGUUAUACUUACAUCAUAUGGUAUAAUAUAUAUACAUAUGCAUAUAUUUAGUGGUGAUGGUCCAUCUUAUGUAGUGGUCUGAUUGGCAAUUAAUAUAAAAAAAAAAAAAAAAAAAUACGCAUCUAUUAAUUUGAAUAAUAGCAUUUUAACGUUAUAGUAAAAAUGAACGCAAUAACUAAGUCCGUGAAUGUUACUUAUUUUCUGAGAGCAUCUACUACUGCUGUGUCAAAUGGAUCAUCAUGUAUUGUCACAAUAAAUAAGGGCAAGAAAGAGAAAGUUACUACCAUUCCUUCUAUUACUCCGAAAACCUCCUACACUCUUGCUCAAAAUGGUUAUACUGGGCCUAUCCGCAUUAGCUCUGGACCCGCAGUGAGCACUCAAAUUUCUCAGCACCGUUUGGCUCAUACCGAUAUUCGAGUACCAAGUUUUGAUAAUUAUCGAAAAGAUAUUUCAAAAGAUCCAACUGCCAACACCCGAGGAAAUGCGCCCGAGAAAGAAAAUAUUGCAUAUGCCGUUGCAGCUGGUACUGGCUUAGCUACAGCAUAUGGAGCAAAGAGUGUAGUUCAAAGUCUUGUCCUAAGUAUGGCACCUUCUGCAGAUGUUUUAGCUGUUUCCAAAAUUGAAGUGAAACUAUCUAACAUUCCAGAAGGACAAAGUAUGGUUUUCAAAUGGCGAGGAAAACCUCUAUUUAUUCGUCAUCGGGGAGUAAAAGAAAUAGAAAACGAAGAAUCAGUUGACCUUUCAACUUUACGUGAUCCUCAGCAUGACCGUGAGCGUGUCAAAAAAUCUGAUUGGUUAAUCGUUUUAGGAGUAUGUACACAUUUAGGAUGUGUACCAAUCGCAAACGCUGGAGAUUUUGGUGGAUAUUACUGUCCAUGUCAUGGAUCACAUUAUGACGCUAGUGGAAGAAUAAGGAAAGGACCUGCACCAUUAAAUUUAGAAGUACCAAAUUAUGAAUUCCAAGAUGAUUUAGUCAUAGUUGGUUAAAUUAGUAAAGAUUCAUAAUAGUCUCUUGAAUUGAUUUGCAACUAUAAAAUGGUAGUGGAGUUCUGAAAUAUAUGUCAGCAGCUUGCUUGUAUGCAAGUUAUAUAUUAUCACAAUUUUCAGUAUACAAGCUCAUAACUUUCAGCUACCAAGAAUUGAUUUAAAAUUUUCUCUAUAAAUCCAUUGAUUCAGUUGUACAGUAUGAAAAUAAAAUAUUUAAGCUUGAA